AUGGCACGCAAACCCGUACCGCAGCCGCUGACGCUGUCGGGUCACUCCGCCCUGCCCGAGGACGAGCACCACCCGCGCUCCGCUGAAACCCUCCAAGUCGUCUCUCUCCCGAGCGCAGAUUCCCACCGCUCGUCCCCCAGAACACCACGUUCCCCAUUCAGUAGAUUCUCGCCCAAGAAACCCGACUCGGCUUCUCUCAAUGCUUCCGCCUCCCACGCUCAUUCGCGCGCCCUCGAAGACUUUGACGACGACGACGACGAAGACCCCCAACACUACCCCCCGAUCACCUCUGCGCUGCAUCAGCCUGCCGAGACUCCCACUCGGCCAAAUCCUCGCCCUGCCCCUCGACACGAGCCCAACACCACGCAGCCAUCCCAGCCCCGCGAUCAGGGUCGCCCCUCCAAGAGCGGCUUCUUCUUCAAUUUGACAAAGUCGUCCAAAUCGACCCAGAAACAAUCCACUCAGCAGCAGGAGCCGCCACAACAACAACAACUACAGCAUCAGCACAGACGCUCCGAGUCGCGGGGCGAGAUCGCAUCGCGAGGCACUGACACCUCUGUCCCCAGCAGCAAGUCUGCGAAGCUUUCAGGUACGGGCAAUUGCACGCGCGCUGCAUGCGACAGGCACGGCGCGGGUCCCAUCUCCAGGCCACUUGCCCUGGCGUCUCGUUUCGCUCUUCACGAUGCCUUCUUUGCGCGCACCUGCUAA